AUGCAUGCUGCAGGGGCCGCCCUGACCGUGCUCUGUCCACAGGUCCUCAUGGGUGUCUUCCGACUGGGCUUCGUGUCCACCUAUCUCUCGCAGCCACUGCUCGACGGCUUUGCCAUGGGGGCCUCAGUGACCAUCCUGACCUCCCAGCUAAGGCACCUUCUAGGUGUGCGGGUCCCAAGACACCAGGGGCCAGGCAUGGUGGUCAGCACGUGGCUCAGUCUUCUGCGCAGCGCUGGGCAGGCCAACCCGUGCGAUGUGAUCACCAGCGCCGUGUGCCUAGCCGUGCUGCUGGCCGCCAAAGAGCUCGCAGACCGCUGCCGGCACCGCCUGAAGGUGCCGCUGCCCACGGAGCUGCUGGUCGUUGUGGGGGCCACGCUUGUGUCUCACAUCGGGCGGCUCCACGAGCGCUUCGGCUCCAGCGUGGCUGGCGAUAUCCCUACUGGCUUCGUGGCCCCACAGGCGCCGGACCCCAGGCUCAUGUGGCGUGUGGCGCUGGAUGCCAUGCCCCUAGCCCUUGUGGGCUCUGCCUUCUCCAUCUCACUGGCAGAGAUGUUUGCCCGUAGCCAUGGCUACUCUGUGCGAGCCAACCAGGAGCUGCUGGCCAUGGGCUGCUGCAACGUGCUUCCCGCCUUCUUCCACUGCUUCGCCACGAGUGCUGCCCUUGCCAAGAGCCUGGUGAAGACAGCGGCCGGCUGCCGCACCCAGCUGUCCAGUGUAGUCAGUGCGGCAGUGGUGCUCCUGGUGCUCCUGGUGCUGGCGCCGCUGUUCCGAGACCUGCCACGGAGCGUGCUGGCCUGCGUCGUCGUCGUCAGCCUGCGGGGGGCCCUGCGCAAGGUGAGGGACAUCCCGCAGCUGUGGCAGCUCUGCCCGGCCGAAGCACUGGUGUGGGUGGGCACUGCAGCCACCUGUGUACUGGUCAGCACUGAGGUGGGGCUGCUGGCUGGCGUGCUCCUCUCACUGCUCAGCGUGGCUGGCCGCACACAACGCCCACGUGCUGCCCUGCUGGCCCGCAUCGGGGACUCGGGCAUCUAUGAGGAUGCUGAGGAGUUUGAGGGCCUGGUCCCUGAGCCCGGGGUGCGGGUGUUCCGCUUCGGGGGGCCACUGUACUACGCCAACAAAGACUUUUUCCUGCAGUCGCUCUAUAGCCUCACAGGCCUGGACGUGGGGCGUGCAGCUGCCAGGACCAGGGGCUGGGGCCCAGAGGCAAGGGCCAGCAAGAGAGACCCUGUGGAAGACAAGGCCUCAGGCCCCGGGGGUAGCACUGCUGUGCUGGUGCCCACAGUGGCCGGCUUCCACACAGUAGUCAUCGACUGCGCCCCACUGCUGUUCCUGGAUGUGGCCGGCCUGGCCACGCUGCAGGCUCUGCACCAUGAUUACAGGGCCCUGGGCAUUGCCCUGUUCCUGGCUUGCUGCAGUCCCUCGGUAAGAGACACUCUGAGGAGGGGUGGCUUCCUCAGGGAGGACCAGGCAGAUGUGGCCGAAGAGGCGCAGCUGUUCCACAGCGUGCAUGGUGCUGUGCAGGCAGCCCGAGCCCGCCACAGGGAGCUAGUGGCCACCGACUCCACCCUCUAG